AUUUGAAUCAUGCUGCGAACGUUCCGUGCAAAGCCGACGCUGAGCGCCAACCAAGUGGGGGACUACGAAGAGAAGGUGGCGCAAUGGUUUGAGCUGUUCCUCGACCUCGUCUUUGUCGGCGUCUGCGCAAGCGUUGCGCACCACUUGGAAGCGCAUGUGACGUGGCACGGCGUGUGCGAUUUCAUCUUUCUCUUGACGCAAUAUACCGCGGGCUGGCUCCUCUACACCAACUUUGUCUCGCGCUUCAACGAGACGUCGCUCGUGCACUGCGUCUUUCUCUUUGUCUUGCUCUGUGGCUUUGGCGGCAUGGUCCUCGGCGGGUCGCCCAACCAAGCCUUUACGACCGGCCUCCUCCUCGUGCGCCUCGGCGUCUUGUGCAUGAACGCCAACAUGUACCUUCGACUCCCGGCGUCGCGGCAGCAGGUGUGGCUCGACUUGGUGCUGCUACUGUGCUCGAUCGGCAUCCUUGGCGUCGGCUUGACAGCGUCCACAACCGAGUUGUAUUGGUGCUAUGGCGCCGUGCUUUUUCUCGAAAUCCCCGUCCGAGGCAUUUGGAUGAUCAACCAAUGGCUCUUUGCCACCAGCGUGCAUGUCUACAUCAAUAUCGACCACGCCAAUGAGCGCGCGAGCAACCUCGUCCUUGUGACGCUGGGCGAAGCCGUGCUAGCCGCGAUUCAAAACAACGACGACGCCGAUCGCGUCACGCCGCGCUUCUACCUCUGCAUGCUGCUCUCGUUGGUCGUAAGCUUUGGCCUUGCCCUUUUUUACCACACGGUGCAGCCGCCGCGGCCCUUCCACGCGCUCAAGCGGUCGGCGACGUUUGCCUUUGGGUUCUACAUGGUCCAUUUUGCGCUCUGGCCGUCGCUCGUCGCGCUUGGGGUGGGCACGGCGGUCGUCAAGCGCGCCGUCUUGGCGCACGCGCGCCUCGACCGCGCCGAGAUCUAUUUACUCUUUGGAUCGCUCAGUGCGAGUAUGCUCUGUAUUUUGCUUUUGCGGCUGCUGCAUUACGGCGGUCGCCAGCCAACUUCAUGGGAUGCGCCCCGCGUCCGAGCACUGAAACAACUGUGGUGGGCCAUCAUAGCUUUGUCGCCGGUCCACGCCAUCUUGGACGCAGUUGUCUUGCUAUACUGCGGUCGCGACGACGACUCGGUGGACUCGAUUAAUGCGCUUCUUGCCGCCGCCGCGACCGUGGUGUGGUGGAUCGUAGUCGAGACGGCGAUCAUGGGUGCCUUGUUGCGCCUCGGUGGGCAGUUCAAGUUGCACGCUACCGACAUCGACGAUGUUGACGACGACGAGCCUCCAGCGUCCACACCGAGAGCUGGGUACCGCGCCUACGACGGCCUCGUGUAAAAGACACACUUACUACUAUUCGUGGUGUUC